AUGCCUGAUGAGGACUUUGACCCCUGGGCAACUGCCGUGGCAGACGGAACAUCUUCUGCCUUGAAGAAGGCGUCGAAGAAGAAGGACGUCUGGGGCAGCUUCCGGGCGGGUGAAGCCGAAGCGCUCAGCGACUCAGAGGCUGCCAAGCCGGGAAAACAAGGGUCCGGCAAAAAGAAGAAGGGCGACAGCAAGAAGCCUAGCGGCCCUUCCGGACCAAACCUGGCGAGAAGAAGAGUGAUGGAUCACAAGAUAUCCGGUUCCGUCGAGUCUUGGAGCAACACUUACGGCUGGAUUCGCCCCUUCCAACACGUGGGCCACCCGAAAGCAAACAAACACGGAGGCAAACUUUACAUCCACGCAAAAGACCUCGUAGGUGGCGUGGGGUUUCUUCCCACUGGCGCUUCUGUAGAAUUCUACGUCUUCGAAGAUGAUGCCGGUCUUGGUGCAGAGGAGUGCGCUCUAGCAGAGUGGAACGGCAAAGGUGGCAAGGGCUGGGGUUCCAAGGGCUGGGAUGCCGGUAAGGGGUGGGGCAAGGGCAUGUGGGACAUGGGCAAAGGCUGGGCCAAAGGCAUGUGGGGCGGGUUUGAUGGCUGGACCGGCGGAGGAAAGAAAGGCUGGGAUGGUGGCAAAGGAUUCGGUGGCAAAGGCAAGGACUCCAAGAGUUCCGGAAAGGGAGAGUGGGGCGGCAAGGAACGCUCGAAAGGAGGCGAUGGUGCCAAAGGUGCGGGUGCCAAAGACGGCAAAGGCAAAGCUUCCAAAGGUUCCACUCAGACGGUUGCUGCCAAGGAGCCGCAGCCCGGUGUAAGCGACUUCGACCAGGUUCAUUCUGAUUGGUCGCACUACACGGGCUUGGGGGGCUUGGCAGCCGGUGCUACUGGGCCCAGCGCAGGCAGCGGCUUCGCGGCAGCCACCGGGUGCACUGGCCAGGCCCCGUGCCGACAACCCAUCCUAAGUGCCGCCGGCACUGCGCCACUUCUUGGUGCCAGUGCAAACAUGAAGCCGAUGGGCGGCAAGCCUCUACAAGGGGUUCCGGAAGCAAGCUGGAGCGAGGUUGCUCCACCAGCUCCCUACUUGAUGAACAGUGUGGGACCAGCUCCGCCUGCCAUGGGAAGUAUGCAUGUGAACCCGGUCCCUUACGGGUCCUACAGCAUGAUGCCUGGCAUGCUCAACCCGACCGUGCCACAGCAAGUAGCAAUGAGCAAUCCAGCUAUGGGCUUAGGACCCGGACUUUAUCACGCUCAUGUGCCGCCCCCUCCUCCAGGCGGUCCAGGUCCGUACGAACGCCCAGUUGAAGGGGUGCCGGCUGGACCUGUUGGAGCUUGGCCGACCUGGACUGGCUAG